AUGCUGAUCAAGGGCAGCCGGGUCAGGGCAGUCAAAGAAGUCCUGAAGCGGAAGAUUGCAACGAUGGACAAGCAGCUACGAGACAACAAGGAGCCCAACUCAUCUACAUUCAAACCACACGAGAUCCGUCAAGCUCCCGACAUGAUCAUCGACACCAAACGCCUGGUUCUGCUGUCCUCGCCUCCUCGUUCACCUCCCCAACCAAAUAAACCCCCUUCAGCCAUCUCCACACACGACGCAGGCCUGUUCAACCGGGUCAUCGCCCGCGAGAUUGUCCACCAUCCUUUCCCCUCCGACCUCUUAGACGCGACGGUGGAGCUUGCUGAACGGGAAAUUAAAAAUGAAUACUGCUUAAGAAGGUGA